AAACCCGAGAAGUUUCACUGUCGCGAUCGUCUGUUGCAAUAAAAUCAAAAUUUUACAGUAAAAUAUUGCAAAAUAAAUAUUUUAUUUCAAUAUUAUAUAAAGUUUAGGAUUCAUGUAAGAGAUCCACAAAAUAAAAAAAUGUUUACAUUGUGCGAUUAAACAGAAGCUGUUUGGGAUCAGUUCCAAGCAAAUCUACAUAAACAGGUAGAUACUAAAAUAGGUUAAAGUCAUGGCAGCAAUUCGAAAAAAGAUCAGCCGAAUGGCGCUGGCAGUAACGUGUUAUUACUUUAUACACUAUUCUUAUAAAUACGCACACGCAACUACCGCUAGUGGUGCAUCGCGAACCCUAUCAGGAUUUGGAAACGUAAAUCAUCGAUUGCCGCGUACAAGUGCCAGCUAUUUUAGUAGUGGAGCUAGUGCAAACACCAAUUUUAAAACUGCUACAAAAUCAAAAAAUUUAACAAGAUACGGAAACAUACACAUCAGAGAACAACAACUGUUAAACAUAUUUGAAGUUAUAAUGGACACCCUUGAAGGAAAACUAAAACGAAUUGACAUUCUAGAUAAUACAGUUGAUCUUCUUAUGAAAAAUAUGGAAACGCUGCAAAGUCGGGUAAUGAACAAUAUAGUGAAAACUGAUUUUAUUAUAUCUCAGCUAAAAGAUAUAGAAAAAUCAAUUUCUAAUGGACUGCCUCAAGGUCAAUCAUCAAACUUAGAUGUGGUUUACGAAACCACAAAAAUAUCACAAAACUCUUCAACGUUUCUAAAGGAAAAAAUCGUUAAUUUGGAUCGAAAAGUAUCUGAUAUAGAUAACAAGCUGGAAUGUAUUAAAGUCCAAUUAGAUAAUAAUUUGUUGCAUGUUGAAGACUUUAAUGCCGAAGCUAGCGAGAAAAAACCAGUUACAAUAAAUGUAACUGACAUCACAAAGGCAUUGAGCUAUGAAGCUAUUACACAUGUUACAUCCGAAUUAAGUGAACUUCGCUAUUCAACAGACAGCAUUGAUAAAAAAUUACAGUUUUACAUAAAUAUAGUUUCUGAAAAUAUCGGGAGAAUGACAAGCAUUUUGCAGGAGAUUAAUUUUGCUGUAGUUGAUCAUAACAAACAAUCUAAAUUUUUGAAUGUAACAACUGGGACGCCACCGACAAAAUCAAAAAAACUUGAAGUGCUUGAUAAAGAAAUAAGGCCAAUGGGUGCAGUAUCAGAAAAAAUUGAUAAUGUUUGGGACGUCGUGGUACACACAAAAUCAACUGUGGAUUAUCUUCCCAAGUCCUCUGUCUCAUUACCACAGACACAACGUCAAGAACGUGCAAUAGAUGAAAUCCAUCAUGACCAAAACUCCGAAACUUACUUAAAUAUUAACAAAUUAGAUAUGGUUCAAAAACAAUUACGAAAACUUGAAAAUUAUAAGGCCCCUGAAGAAAUAACAGAUACAACAAUAAAAAGUAUUUUGGAAAAUGAAUCAAAUAACUACUCUGACACGGAUGAAAAUUUAAGAACGGAGAGCUUUCUUUUAUCCCUCUCUUAUAUUCAACCAACCAUAGUAAAUAAAACUUUAACUACACUUUUUACAUCCACACCUGGAGAUGUCCUGGGUCACCUACAUUCGGCGUCUUUAGACACCAACGGUACACACAACAACGGACCUGUAGUCAAUGGAUCCAAAUCAGCAAAUAGGAAAGAUCGAAUUAUCUUUCCAAGCAUAAAGAAAAAACCAUCAAUUCUAAACACAACGAUUGCCACUGAUUUUUGGACGCUCAAGGAUGUAAAAGGAUUUUCCUGUGUAGACAUUCUAAAUGCUGGAAUGAAGCAAUCAGGAGUAUUUUAUUUACAAAUUCGAGGUACAACGUAUUGGUUUUUAAAGGUAUACUGCGAUCAAGAAACAACGGAUGGGGGUUGGACGGUAAUACAAAGGCGCGACGAUUUUAAGGACUCCCGUGAAAAUUUUAACAGAGACUGGGCCGAUUACAAAAAUGGAUUCGGUGAACCAAGUAAAGACUUUUGGCUUGGUAAUGAGAACAUAUAUAUGUUGACAAAUAAUGAGGAAUAUUCAUUACGUGUAGAACUAGAAGACUUCGAAGGCAACAAACGAUAUGCCCAGUACUCACAUUUUAAAAUACACUCAGAAGCAGAUUAUUAUAAACUUGAAAUAGACGGAUAUGAAGGCAACGCUGGAGAUUCGUUAAAUGACCCUUGGUACGGCUCAAAUAAUAGUCCAUUUUCAACAUACAAUAAAGAUAAUGAUCGAAGCUCGCUUAAUUGCGCAAGCAUGUUAAAGGGUGGCUGGUGGUGGAAGUCCUGUGGACGGGGUCUAAAUGGUCUUUAUCUUCAUGAUCCCCAAGAUCUAACUGCGCGGCAAGGAAUAGUAUGGUUUCGUUGGAGAGGUUGGGACUACACAUUAAAAAAGUCCAAAAUGAUGAUUCGGCCUAAGAUAUCACCACAACCGACACUAUCUGGAACGUCUUUAUAGAGAGGUUACGAACAAAAUAACCAUUUCUUGUAAAAAUUUUUCACAUUUUAUUAUUUAGAUGUUUUAAU